CUCAGCGUCGGUCCCGGAGAACUCGCGCUAAAAAAAUAUUGCUCUGACCUAGAACUUAUUGGGAAAAAUAAAUAGCCAAACCAACCCAUCAGUAAAGGAUGGAGGUAUCAAGAAGAAGGAGUUUGCAGAAACACCUGGAGCCAGCGAGACCACUACGCCGGUUCAAUAAUGUUGACCAGGAGCCUUUUAGAAAUAUGGAUACAUUUGCAUAUCCACAGGUGGAAGACAAAUCAAUCAACAACAUUGGAGUGGAACAAUUCUACAAAAUACUACAGCUCCACACACAAAAUGAGGAGAAAAGUCAUAAAGUCCGAAUAUGUUACAGUAGGGAGUUUCUGAUUGAGUUGGCAAGCUCCCCAGUUGCCAAAAGGAAGCCUGAUUUCUUACCUGAGCACCCUGUCGUUCUGGAAAAGGCGAGAGAUCCUAGUCUACCGAGGCUGGUGGAGAAGUGUGACAAGAGGUGGAAUGAAGGAAAUGUCAUGUUGCCUUGCAUGGAUGAAUUUUGACCCGUGGUGCUUUAGUACAGAAAAGCCUCUUACGAUGCAUGUUUACAUACAUUUAGUUUUCUUUGAAGAGGGAUCAUAAAUGGUACUAAGUCUUAGACUUAAAAGGAUGAUGACUAUAAUCAAAAUGUUGCAUUUGUAUUGGAACGUGACAAAAUUAUUGAAACUGCCAGUGCUUUCUGGAGUGGAGACACUAACAUGAUAUAACAGAUAUCUUGUAAAUGUUGUCUUAAAAUAAAUCUAACGUCAUAUUUGUCGUCUGGGCUACCUUCAAAGGUGCUUGAUAUGGUGCUUGGAUAUAAUAUGCCUUGAAAUUGUGAUGAAUCCCCCUGAACUGUAAAAAAUAUAAAAUCAUACCUGUCAUUGCAGAAUCAAAUGACAAAGAUUUGUAACCAACAAAAGAGAAAGCAAGAAACUCAGGUACAGACAAAACAUUGGGACAGGGGAACAGACUACUCACAUUUAACGCAACCCAAAAGGCUGACGAAGAGGGGAGCAGACAAAAUAAUACAUUAUGUAGGGUGACUACAAAGGACAACAGCUUUGUGAUUACAAACGAGACAGAUGUGUGGGGAGCUAGGAACCAGGGGAGAGAGGGAGGGGGACAAGACAUGCCCACCACAAACAGAAUUACAAGGAAACACCACAUAGAGGAACGAAUCCCACAAGAAACUAUAGGGAAACACUGAGGACAAUUCCAUGUUUCCAGUCGAGUCCAGUAUAGCUCUUAUCUAUCAUAACUAGACCGCUCUAGAAAAUAAGGCGUCACUAACUUGAAUUGAUAAGGCAACUGUGGAACCAUUUGAAACCUGCCAAAUUAGCUUGCCCACGCAUAUGAGUGUUCUAUGUUUAUUUACUUUUUUGGGCUUGUCGAAUGGAAAAUGUUUUCCUAUUUAAAGUAUUUGUUUGAAUUUAAUUGCAUGUAUUUUUUGUCAUAAGCUAAGUUGUUAUAAGGCAUUUGCCUCUUUUGGUUCAGGCUGGUGAAGGCUUUUUUGGACAUUUGGUUCUGAUAAAGAGACGUACUAAUAGUCACAGUGCCAUGAAAAAUGCAAGGAAUACGUUUUGACUUCGAGGCAGAACUUUCCUAUUCUACUGAAGGAAAUUGUUUGAUUUGACUUUUUUUGCCGUGUGUUGUAUCCUGCGAUCAAAGAGUGGAUUUUUUAUCUUGAUUGAAAUUGUUAAUCUCUUUAAAGAUUACUGUAUAUUAUAAUAGGACUACCAGCCUGUGUAAGCAUUCAUUUUGAGGUGUUGCUUUAAAAACAUUAAAAACAACGUUAAUAAAA